AUGGCAGAGCAGAACUAUAAUGCCGCAGACUUGAACUCAGUUCUUCAAACGCUUUCAAGUCUAGCGCCUCAAGCUCAAGUCUCCCAGAACACCACACCCGCUCCUGCUCCACCAAAAAGAUCAUUCUCCAGUACCAAGACCAAUGCGCCACCAGGCCAAACUCAGGAUCCGCGCCAGAAAUAUCCUCAGCCAUCACCAUCAAAUCGUCCGUCCACCUCUACAUCUGGUGCAAACUCUUCAACUAUCACCACAUGGCCAAUAGCGCUCCGCCAUGUCAUGCGCACUGUUGGUCAGAACGAAGAGACGCAAAUCAGAAUCCGCGGAAUGAUCCGAAGCCAGCACCACCAUGAACAGAGUUGGUUUGACAGUCGACAGGCAUUAAUAAAACAGCAGCAAGGGCGCCCCCAAAAGCAGCGAGAAUUGGAUGCUGUUCUACGAUCGAUAGGUGCCCCGGUCAAAGAGGAUGACGGCUCUACGGAGAAGGAGCUUGCUGCGGAAUUGAAAACCUACGAUCUUAAGGUGCAUGCGGCGGCUGUGAAAAUGGCGGAUGCCCUCGCUGCUGAGCUACGGGGGAUGGACAUUCCGUUCUUUACGCUUCGCAAGGAUCUGGUGAAAGACGCUCCGAAUGCAGGAGACUCUGUUCAAAGUAAAGCCAGCACUGCGGCGGCUUCAUCUUCAAUUACGAAACCAGAACUGCUGGACCUGCAAAAUCGCAUGCUUGGAUUGCUGGAGGACCUAUGCAAAGAGUAG